GUCCGUCCGCCACACGCCAUCCAACCGGGGCGAUUUCCAAUUCUUCCCCCUCGGCCCCAAACGCCAUCGGCCUACGCAUCCCUCCCUCCCUCGUUCCCAUGGCCGCCUUGCGCACCGGCGACCCGCCGGAGUCCACGCGCCUCCGCAUCGGCGACGACAUCGCCUGGUCCGAGAUCAACGGCGUCUACGACCGCGACGACUCCCUCAAGGAGAACACCAACCCCAAGUGCCUCCUCAAGAACCACCCCCACCACAACGGCUCCUCGCAGCGCUUCUCCGGCAACCUCAAGCCGACGGCCGCGCCCAUCAUCGGCCUCUCCGGGAAGCUCGGCGCCCAGGGCGGAGCCGCGCGGCGCCACCACCACCACCCGCCGGCCAUCUUCCCCAAGAAGGCCACGACCGGCGGUGGCGGCCGCGCGCCCAAGACGGCCGUCCCGGAGCCCGGCUCGCCUAAGGUCUCCUGCAUCGGGAAGGUCCUCUCCGACCCCGAGCGCGCGCGCCUCGGCCGCCCGCCGAGGGCGCGCGGGAGCUCGAGGCCGCCCGGGUGCUGCGGGUUCUUGAUGCGGCGCAGCCGCUCCAGGAACAGCGUCGUGGACGCGGAGUGCGUCGACCAGCCCCCGCCGCCGCCGCCUCUGCGGAGGGAGGCGAAGGAGGCGGAGCAGGAGGUGCCGGCGGCGGCGGCGCCGGGGCUUGGAGGCAUGCGGCGGUUCGCGUCGGGGAGGCGGGCGGCGGAGUGGGCGGCUGAGAUGGAGGACGACGGGCGCGUGGCGAGAUCUGGGCCGUUGUAGCGCAUGCUGUGCGGGUAGUGGACCUCUGGCUUUCGGUUUGGUUGUGCCUGUGCUGUACCUGUAGUUGAGCUGUGUGCAUACUUUACUACUUGCAAUUAGAAAUUGAGGUUUGUGUUGACAGAUUUUGGUUGCUCUGUUGAUGGCUUGUUCGCGUUAGCUGUAAUUUCGAUUUUGGUCAUGGAGGUGCAUCAUUUGUACAGAAGUUUUUAGAAAAUUCAAAUUUGGAUCUAUGCAUUUUCCGGUCA